AUGGCUACACUUUCCAAACAUGGCCACAAGAACAAACACUUAAUGGCCGCACUUGCUCUGAUCGGCCUGUAUAAAGUAGCCACAACCACUCUUUCAUACUCAUGGAGCUUCUUUAAAACCUUCCUCAGGCCUGGAAGAAACCUUUACAAAAGAUAUCAGGGAGGCUAUGUUGUGGUUACAGGUGCUACUGAUGGCCUUGGCUUGGAGUAUGCCAGACAGUUUGCUCUGAAAGGAUUCAACCUGGUCUUAGUCGCUAGAAACCAAGAAAAACUCGACGCAACCAAGGCUGAACUUUCCAGAGAGCAUCAAGAUAUCGAUAUCCAGCUUAUCCAAUUUGACUUCAACAAGCCAUACACACAAGAAGGGUAUGAACCACUUAAACAGGCCUUCGAUAACAUUGGAGACAUUUCUGUGCUUGUCAACAACGUGGGGACUGCCGAGUUCAAGAUGUUCGGCGACCAAGACUUGGAGCCAAUGAACAGGAUGAUCCAAGUGAACUGCAUCCCUCAAGUAAUUGUGACCAAAUUCUUGCUACCUAGAUUAUUGGCAAGAUCUAAGGAGCAAAACAAGAGAACCGCUAUUAUUAGUGUUAGUUCACUCUUAGAUUAUGUUCCACUUCCAACAAGCGCUGUAUAUACUGCUACCAAGUCCUUUAACAAGACUUUCUCUGAUGUUCUGAGAAAAGAAAAUGGAGAACAUAUUGACAUCAUGACUAUUCUACCAGGACCUACCAAAACAAACUUGAUGAAACGUGAAGGUGGCUUGAUCGCUACAGCUUCCCAGCAUGCCAGAUGGUCUCUAAGCGAUGUGGGCUACAAUAGUGAAUCGUUCGGUCAUUACAAGCACUGCAUCUUCCGCUCAAUAUUCAAGAUGCCACUGGUGGAAAGAAUGAUCAUUUCGUCAAUGUUGAAAGCUCAAAAGGAGCAAGAGCAAUAA